UCUCCUCUCUUUCUCUCUCCUCACUCUUCUUAUUACUCUCAUCUAAUCCCUUCUCCAAUCUCAAUCCCAAUCUCUCUCUCUCUCUCUCUCUCUCUCUCUCUCUCUCUCUCUCUAAUAAGAAGAAGAUCAAGAACAAGAAGCAUUAAAAGAGAGAUAGAGAAGUGUUCUUGGUGGAGAUGUGGCCUUAUUUCGAUCCCGAAUACGAAAACCUCAGCUUACAUAUUAAUCCGCCGAGAGUUUGCAUCGACAACACCGCCUGCGACGAAUGCACAUUGGUUAAGGUGGAUAGCAUGAACAAAACAGGGAUAUUAUUAGAAGUGGUUCAGGUGUUGAGUGAUUUGGACUUGGCCAUUUCUAAAGCAUACAUCACCUCUGAUGGGGGAUGGUUCAUGGAUGUGUUCCAUGUGACGGAUCAGCACGGUCGAAAGAUCACCGACCCGCAAACGAUCGAGUACAUCGAGAAGGCCCUCGGGCCCGAGAGCAACAUAUUCGGGCCUAAAGGGGACUCGUCCCCGGGACGGCUCGUCGGCAUGCGCUCGAUUGGCGAUCACACCGCAGUCGAGCUCAUAGGAACUGACAGACCCGGUCUGCUAUCCGAGAUCUUCGCGGUCCUCGCCAAUCUGCACUGCAACAUCAUAGCUGCUGAGGUAUGGACCCACAGAAUGCGCGUGGCCUGCGUGCUGUACAUCAAUGACGAGGCCACGGGCCGCGCGGUAGAUGAUUCAGAACGUCUGUCCGUAAUGAAGGAGCAGCUCAGAAACGUGUUGGCGGGGCGAGGGGACGACGCCAGGGGGGGGCGCACUAACUUCUCGGUGGGCUCGACCCACGUGGACCGACGGCUCCACCAGCUGAUGCGCGCCGACGAGGACUACGGGAGCGACGGCGGACUGACGGAAGGGACCGACAGCGACUUGGUUUCGAGGCCUGUCGUUACCGUCGAAAACUGCGGGGAGAAGGCGUAUUCGGUGGUGACUGUCAGGUGCAAGGAUCGGUCGAAACUGCUGUUCGAUAUCGUGUGCACGCUGACGGACAUGCUGUAUGUAGUCUUCCACGCCUCGAUCUCGUCCGACGGCGUUUACGCUCUGCAGGAAUUGUACAUUCGUCGCAACGAUGAUCGCACUCUCGACUCGAAAGACGAAAGGGAAAGAGUGAUCAAGUGCAUUGAAGCUGCAAUCUUAAGAAGAGUAUCUGAGGGCUUCAGCUUGGAGAUCUGCGGGCGCGACCGGGUGGGCCUGCUGUCGGACGUGACGAGAGUGCUCCGCGAGCACGGCCUGUCGGUGAUGCGGGCCGACGUGACGACGGUCGGGGAGCAGGCGGUGGACGUGUUCUACGUCUGCGACCCCUCGGGGACUCCGGUCGACACCAGGGCCAUCGAGGCCCUCCGUCGCGAGAUCGGCCACACCGUCAUGCUCAACGCGAAGAAGGUAGCGGCGCCGUCUCCUUCCGAUCCCGCGAACGCCAGCUUCUUCUCCUUCGGGAGCUUCUUCGGGAAGCUGUUGCCGAAUAUUUAAGUGGCAGUGCUGCUGUAAACUAUGUAAUUUUCCGAAAUCGGAUGCAAAGUAGUCGAAUUUAACCAGGAAAGAUCAUAAACUGGUGACUGCAUCAGUAGGAAACAUUGUUAAAGCAUAAUCCAUAUGUAUAUAAUGCUGUUGUAACAUCUCAAACAAGUUCCUAUCUUAGCAAUUUGGAUUUGAUUUUUCUUUUUGC